AUGAAAUUUGCAUUAAUAGCGCUAGUUCUAGUUUCCGCAGCAAACGCCCAAUUCAAGUGCCCCCCAAAAGACGGCCAAUACGAAGACCCGCGACAAUGUGACAAAUACUACGAGUGUGAAGAAGGCGUCGCAAGGGAGAAACUUUGCCCAGAUGGGCUAGUUUUCGACCCUUUGAUCCGCAAAAUCAACAAAUGCGACCAACCCUUCAAUGUUGAUUGUGGAGACCGGACCGAGCUUCAACCUCCAAAGCCCAACCAUUUCUGCCCACGCCGCAACGGUUUCUUCGCCCAUCCUGACCCAGCAGUUUGCAAUAAAUUCUACAAUUGCAUUGAAGGCGAACACACGGAAAUCACCUGCACUGCAGGACUUCAUUUCGAUGAGUUUACCGGAACUUGCGUCUGGCCUGAUGCUGCAGGACGUCAAGGAUGCAAUAAAGACGUCACAAAUAAACUGAAAGAUGGUUUUGAGUGCCCCAAAGAUGGCCAAACCGACGCCAAUGGCCAACUUGUAGUUCACCCCAAAUACGCCCACCCCACAGAUUGUCAAAGGUUCUAUGUUUGUUUGAAUGGGCAAGAACCCAGAGAUCUGGGCUGUCAAGUAGGUGAAGUGUACAAUGAGGAGUCUCAAAGGUGUGAUGCUCCCGAAAAUGUUCCCGGAUGUGAGGAUUGGUACAAAGAUGAACCUGCUCCUGCUAAACCAGCCAAGAAGGUCUAA